AUGGUCUCAAAUUCAGUGGCAGCGGCGACAGCAACAACAUCAGCAGCAGCACCAAACACACCAUCAUCGUUGGCCACGUCAUCAUCAGCAACAUCACCAUCGACGUCAUUGAUGGAUAAGUUGAAGCUGCAGGUGAUGGAAAGUUCUAAAAACGAAAGCAUCCUAGUACUCAGACUGGCUGCUAAGGAACAGGAGAAUCAAGAACUUUUGGCUCAGAUCCAAGAGAUGAAGACCCACACUCCGUCUGCCAGUCACUUGCAGUCCAUGUUGUUGGAUCCCUCUGUCAACUUGAUGUUCAUGAGGAUGUCCCAAGAGAUUGACAUGCUCAGGAACAAUCUCGAACAAGCUCAAAAGGAUCUAGCUGCAUGGAAUCAAACUGGGAAGCGACUGAUGGCCAAAUGUCGAAUGUUGAUCCAGGAGAACGAGGAUCUAGGCAAAACUGUCAGUUCGGGGAAGAUAGCAAAAUUGGAAGGAGAGAUAGCUCUUAAUAAGGAACUUAUAUCUGAAAUGAAAAGAACUCAUAAGGAAACAGAGCAGCUGAUGGUGGAGUUGGAUGAGGAUUUGGAGGGUAUGCAGGCGACAGUCUUCAAACAGAGAGUCGAGUUGGAACGUGUCGGACAAGAGUUGGAACUCUACAAAAACAACUGCACAUGUGCACUUGUACCCAAUGGAAAUGACGCCAACACCAAUUACCACAACAAUGGCGUUAAUGUCAUUCAUAACAAAAACAUUUGUAACAACAACGCCUUAUGUGCCAACAACAUCAUAAACGACAACAGCAAAAAUUCUACUUGUAAAUCGCCCGCUUCUGAUGAUAGUCGUAAAUCUCAUCAUAGGACUAACACUCAGUCGGCUAAACUUUCGAACAGGAAACACAAUCACGUGAAUGAUGCAAACGAAAACGACGAUUAUGAUAAUGAUGAUAUGGAUGAUAGCGAAUAUGAUGAUGAUGAAGACGUGAAAGACGUCAGGACGAGUGAUGCCGGCAGCUCCAGAAGACGAUCAGAUAAAUCGACAAAUCUUGAAUCCUCCCUAACAGUUAAUAAUAAAAAUAAAAUGAAGACCUUAUCAACUAAAGAUUAA